CUGGCGGAGCUUCAUUGUCACUGUCAGGAAUAGUCUAGAUUGUAAACACAGAGUUGCCUACUCAUCUCUGGUAAACAAGUGUCUCGUUUCUAUCAGUUGUGUGACUUGAGUGCUUUUUUUCAGUUCGAUUAUUUGUUGACAGAAAAGAAACAAUGGGUGUGACAGUGCUACAGCAAUUUCCCAUGUCGGAGAACCGGACCGGCCCCCAGACGAUCGAAUUCCUCACAAAGCGAGUCGUCGCCCUCGGAGCUGUUCAGACAGGGCAGUUUCUGGUCGAUUGCGAAACUUACCAAUCGGUGCCUCAGUUAGGUUCCCCGAAGACCGUCCACGUCCUGCACAACUCCGAACAGCCGGCCUCCGUUUUCGCCGUACUCGAGUCGGGGACCAAGGUGGUUCCUCUUAUCGCGGACGGUCUCUUUGACCUUCUCAUGCUGAAGAUGACCAGCAUAUACACGAGUAAAAAGCAGACCAAGGUCGAGGCCAAGGGACCGAGAUUCGAAAUCGGCGACUUCUGCGUUAAACUCGGAAGCGUCACGAUGAGCCAGAACUUCAAGGGCGUUCUUGUCGAGGUCGAAUAUCGGCCCUGCGUCAUUCCGGGUAGCUCGUGGGAGUUGAUGAGAGAAUUUCUACAAGGUUUCCUCGGAUCAGCUGUACCGAAUCAAGCUCCUCAGUAUUUACAAAAUCGAAUGAAUGAGAUUUAUCAACCUAUGGAUACCAUACAGCAAUAUUUGGAGCAUUUUGGACAGUACAGAAAAUCUACCAGCGUCAUAUAAGCUACAGUCACUUAUCGUCAAAUACAGUGUUACAACAUCCCAAAAAGACUUAAUCUCUGUGUCUUAUUCAACUUUAUGAUACUUAUAAUCGGGAGAUUAAAUAGAAAUCCAAAAAUCUUACCCGUCUUGUAUGAAUUUUUAACAUAGAUAAUUAUGCUCAGUAUUAAAAUCUAUUGGUAUGUCAUCGCAUUCACGAAUAAAGAGUUUCGAUCGGCAUGUAAAAGCUUCAUUGAAUUAAUAAGAAGAAUUUAUGAAUGCUCAAGGCGUCUUCCAAGUUUUAUUUUUAGGCAGGGGAACCUUGAAGAAUAGUUCCAAAACUUUUGUAACGAGAUUAUGUUUCUUCCUAAUCACACUGAAGUUGACAAAUAUAUGUAACAUUUAUAUACGAAUUGAUAUUGUGAUAAAUAAGUAAGUUCCAGAAAUUCCUGUCACAUGCCUAUAAGUUGUUUUCGAUAAUUUUUUGCAUGUAAUAUAUUUGACUUGUGCAUACAUAGUGAUAAUCAGCAGGUUAUGAUUAAUCAGUUUCAGACACAGUAAUUUCAAAAGUUUCUGAUAACUCUUCUGAAAACGCGAUUGAAAAUAAAA